AUGGGGUCUGCAUGUUGUGUCGCAGCUAGAGAACCUAUAACAAAAGGAUCACCCAGUGAAGCUUUGCAGAGGCAUGCCCGCCAUUCACCCUCUUGGAGCUUUAGAUGGGAUAAUCGUGGGCGAGUUGCUGGAGAAGAGCCAUCUGAGGAUUGGGUACAUGAUGGAGGGGGUGGCAGUUAUCGAUUGGAUGCCAAAUCUGGUACCACCGUAGAAAUUGCUUCUGCUUCUGAAGGGGGAAGCCCAUUGGAUGGUUUCCAAUCACUUGUGCGCCAAAAGUCCCCAAUUUCCGAAGGGAAUACUGGGAUUCUCAGACAUCCUUCUUCUGAUCCUUCUAUUUCCCGGUCUUCAGCAGAGGUGAAGGAGUCAACAGAAUCCCCUGCAGUUUUAUACCCAUCACAUGCAAAGCCAUCUCUUUCAGCACCUUCGGCUUUAUCUCUAUCAACAUCUCCUUCACCAUCUAAAAAUCACCAUCUUCCCCCAAACUCGACUCCUUCAAGGUGGCUUUGUCGUUCUCCAGGACAUCAGCUAUUAAGGCAUGUAUCUGAUAGCUGGAUUCCCGAAUGCAAGUCACCUGCAUUUUCUAUUUCUGAAGAAGCAUCUUCUUUAUUGCUCCCUACUUGGGGCUCCAAGGAUGGGUCUUCAGACAACUGGUCAUCUAUUGCCUUUGCUGAGCUCACAAGAACUAGGAGAGAGAGGUGGUCUUUUGAUAGCCAACAAAUAUCUGGGUCUCCUCCCUUGGAUCUCCAAACAUGUGGUGUUUGUUCGAAGCUUUUAACCGAGAGAUCUUCAUGGGGUAGCCAAAAAUUAAUUGUCACCACUGAAAUUGAUGUGGUUGCUGUUUUAAUUUGUGGACAUGUUUUCCAUGCUGAUUGCUUAGAGUGCAUGACGGCUGAAAUCAACAAAUACGACCCAAUUUGCCCAGUCUGUACUUUAGGGGAGAAGUUAUCUAAAAAGGCACUAAAAGCUGAAAUGGAUUUGAAGUCUAUAAAGCGAUCUAGAAAUCAGCUGGUUGAUAGCAAUCUCAUUGAAGUUGAUCAUGAUAGGAGCAGUGGUCAAAGGGGAUUGUAUCAUCUUCUGAGAAUCACUCCGCUCGUAAAAAGGGGUUUUUCUGGACGAAAUCUAGCAAGGCGUGAGCUUCUUGACAACUGCAAAGAAGUGUGGACUUCAGAUUUUACAGUCUAUCUGCAACUGGCCGAUUUACGCGAUGAAAAUGGCAAUCCUGUGCAUCUUACUGCUAUCGCCACGUCCACGGCCGGAGAUGUGCGCAGUGGAACUCGGAAAUAUGAAUCUCCAGGAACAGGAAAAGGAACAGCUUCACCUCUCCGUUAG